UUCAACAAAUCCCUUCAGACAAAUCAAGCUUCCAUUAAUGGAGAACUCAUUAGCCACAGAGAGCUUCUCCUACAGCUGGCUGACAGACACACCACCACCACCUCCCAACCUCAGACAAAUCGACGACAACUUCCGCUUCGUCGUCCCUUCAUCUCCCGAAUUUGUGAAUGCGGGCGACAUAUUCUCGGAUGGGCAAAUCAUGCCUGUGUAUGCCUCGGGAAAAUCACCGAGAACGGAGGCUGCCUCCGUUCCCGGGAGAAACCGAUAUUACAUCCUCGCCAAGUGGCGGAGAUCGUCCAAGAAGAUCUUGCACAAGUGGUUAUGGUACGUGCAUAGGAGACUACGUUGCUCGAGGAAGACAAGCCGAGUCGAUGAUCUUCAACGGAAGGUUCUAGAAGCUUCGCCGAGGCGCAGCUCGUCGGCUUAUUCAGCUGCGGAGUUUGGCGAUUUUGAUUAUUGUGAUGAUUUUUAUUGUCUGAAAAUAGAGAAGAUUCCGACUUCAAUGAGCCCAUGCCGCUCUAGUGCUUCAGUUUGUUGUGAUGUAGAUGACAACUCAAUCACGGAAGCUAUUCUCUAUUGCAAAAAAUCAAUAGAGAAAUAAGGAGAUUUGUGCAAGGCGGAGUUGUAAGAAUUACUCCAGAUAAUGCAUGCAUUGAAAAUUAGGGACUCGAGAGAUUGAUAUAUUGUCGAUCCUAAUUUUAUUUUAUUUUAUUUCGAACAUAUGAAUACUAUUAAUAGCAGUAGAUUGUGGAGUAUAUUUUUUGCUUUCCAUUUGUUGAAUUGGAAAUAAUUGAGAUGGUUUUGGAGAAGGAUAACAUCAUUUGUGAAAAGAAGGGAUGAGUUUCAUAUUCGAUAGGAUAACUAACGUAUUGGCAUUUUCUAUAUUGAUAU